ACCCGGCGAUAGUUAUGACCUCCCGGCUACGUGCGUUGGGUGGAAGAAUUAAUAACAUACGUGCUUCAGAGCUGCCCAAGGAGAAAACUCGAUCCGAAGUUGUCUGCAGCAUUCGCUUUUUAGAUGGCUUGGUUCAGACCUUUAAAGUUAAUAAGCAAGAUACUGGUCAAGUUCUCCUGGAUCUGGCAUACAACCAUUUGGGUGUGGUUGAAAAGGAGUAUUUUGGUUUGCAGCAUGGAGAUGACUCAACAGAAUCCCCUAGAUGGCUGGAAUCAAGUAAACCCAUCAGGAAGCAGUUAAAAGGAGGUUUUCCCUGUACUCUGCAUUUUCGAGUAAGAUUUUUUAUACCUGAUCCCAACAAACUGCAGCAAGAACAAACCAGGCAUUUGUAUUUCUUACAACUGAAGAUGGAUAUUUGUGAAGGAAGGUUAACCUGCCCUCUUAACAGUGCAGUGGUCCUAGCCUCCUACGAAGUUCAAUCUCAUUUGGGGGACUAUAAUUCUUCCAUCCAUCUCCCGGGCUAUCUUGCUGAGAGUCAAUUCAUACCAGACCAGAGUGAUGACUUUUUAAAGAAGGUGGAAUUGCUCCAUGAACAGCACAGCGGGCUGAAGCAAUCGGAAGCUGAAUCGUGUUAUAUCAACAUAGCUCGGACCCUUGACUUCUACGGUGUGGAACUACAUGGCGGGCGGGAUCUGCAUGGUUUAUAUCUCAUGAUUGGAAUUGCUUCUGCGGGCAUUGCCGUAUACCGGAAGCACAUUUGCACAAGUUUCUAUCCUUGGGUGAACAUUCUAAAAAUUUCUUUUAAAAGGAAAAAGUUCUUCAUCCACCAGCGACAAAAGCAGACUGAAUCCAGGGACCAUAUUGUGGCCUUCAACAUGCUAAAUUACCGGUCUUGCAAAAACCUGUGGAAAUCCUGCGUGGAACACCACACGUUCUUUCAGGCCAAGAAGCUUCUACCUCAGGAAAAGAAUGUUUUGUCUCAGUACUGGACUCUGGGCUCUAGGAACUCCAAAAAGUCUGUAAAUAACCAGUAUUGCAAAAAAGUGAUUGGCGGGAUGGUGUGGAACCCAACCAUGCAGAGAUCUUUAUCUGUGGAGCAUUUAGAAACCAAGAGUCUGCCUUCUCGAUCUCCUCCUAUUACUCCCAACUGGCGAAGUCCGAGGCUCCGGCACGAGAUCCGAAAGCCACGGCACUCCUCUGCAGACAACCUUGCCAGCGAAAUGACUUACAUCACGGAAACAGAAGAUGUGUUUUAUACGUACAAGAGCUCCCUUUCCCCCAAGGACAGCGAUUCGGAGACCUCUCAGACCCGAAGCCCACACCGAGAGAGUCUGUCCGAAAGCAAUCCAUCCCAGAGCUGCCCACCCCAGAAGUCAUCCAGUUCUGUGUCUUCAUCUUCAAAUGCUCCAGGCUCUUGCUCUCCCGAUGGUGUCGACCCGCAGUUCUUAGAGGACUUCCACAGGGUGACCAAAGGGGGCUCCACAGAGGACUCCAGCCAGUAUUACUGUGACAAGAAUGAUAACUUGGUCUUGAUCCGUAUCACACCAGACGAAGAAGGGAAAUUUGGAUUUAACCUGAAGGGAGGAGUGGAUCAAAAAAUGCCACUUGUGGUAUCAAGGAUAAACCCAGAGUCACCUGCGGACACCUGCAUUCCUAAACUGAACGAAGGGGAUCAAAUUGUGUUAAUCAACGGCCGGGACAUCUCGGAACAUACCCAUGACCAGGUGGUGAUGUUCAUCAAAGCCAGCAGGGAGUCCCACACACGGGAGCUGGCCCUGAUGAUCAGGAGGAAAGUUGUCCACUCACUCACUGACAUCAAAUCCGAAGAUGAACUGGGCCAGCCUUUCCCAGAGACCAUUUUCCCCACAUGUCCGGAGGGCGGAGACACUCUGGAAGGAUCCAUGGAAGAGCUGAGGAAAGGCCUGGAAAGUGGGGCAGUGCUGAUCCAGUUUGAGCAACUCUAUAGAAAGAAACCCGGUUUGGCCAUCACAUGUGCAAAACUGCCUCAAAAUAUGGACAAAAAUCGAUAUAAAGAUGUUCUGCCUUAUGACACCACCCGGGUAUUGCUGCAGGGGAACGAAGACUAUAUCAAUGCAAGCUAUGUGAAUAUGGAAAUCGCUGCUGCCAACCUGGUAAACAAGUACAUCACCGCUCAGGGACCCCUGCCUCAUACCUGUGCACAGUUCUGGCAAGUUGUCUGGGAUCAGAAGUUGUCACUCAUCGUCAUGUUGACAACACUCACAGAGCGAGGGCGGACCAAGUGUCACCAGUACUGGCCCGACCCACCUGACGUCUUGGAGCAGGGAAAUUUUCACAUCCGCUGUCAGUCUGAGGACUGCGCCUUUGCCUACGUGUUCCGAGAAAUGCUGGUUACUAACAUAGAGACUGGUGAGGAACACACGGUGACGCAUCUCCAAUAUGUGUCCUGGCCUGACCAUGGAGUGCCUGACGACUCCUCCGACUUCCUGAAAUUCGUCAGCUAUAUGCGCUCCCUGAGGGUGGACAAUGAACCCAUCCUCGUGCACUGCAGUGCUGGAAUCGGGCGGACGGGCGUGCUGGUGACCAUGGAGACAGCCAUGUGCCUCAUUGAGAAGAACCUGCCUGUCUACCCGCUGGACGUUGUCCGGAAAAUGAGAGACCAGCGUGCCAUGAUGGUGCAAACAUCAAGCCAGUACAAGUUCGUGUGCGAGGCGAUCCUUCGUGUUUAUGAAGAAGGCUUAGUCCAGAAACUGGAUCCGAGUUAAGGCAGCUGUGAAGCCCUCCAUUCCUCUCUCCCAGGGGCAUGCUCCCCAGGAAAGACCUCUCUGGAAGCAGCACGGGGAACCUGGACAGGAACUGUGGGGAAAGGAAUGAGAACUUUUGAACGCAGGCACUUGUACUUUCUCUAGAAGAGGUACCGUGUACAUAGGGACUGUGUAGAUAACGCAUGCAGAUACAGUCUCCUUUAGACCUGUCGCCCCUGCAGAGACGUGAGCGAAUGGGGCUCCAUGUGGAGAUGGCCCAUUCACACGCCUUCCUCCUGGACUCUGCCAUAUUCCUGCCUACCCACCUGGGGCACUUUAGGGGGGAACACCAGCACUGCUGUUGACCUCCCAGAAACAUGGUGGUGAGGCCUCUGGGAGUUCCUUCGGUGGGCUAUGUGCUCAACACCCAUGGGCCAAGCUCCCCAUGCUUCUGCAUGGAGCUGGCCCAGUUAGCACUCGUCCUCCUCCAAGCCGAGGAAUCCCCAAAGAAAAUACUCCAGGGCGAGGCGGUAGCCAGUUCUGCCAGGGAGGCCUUGUCUUCCCUUCCUUAGUCCUUUCUCGCCACUUCCCAUAAUUGUGUUUUCUGGGAGUCUUAUCCAAAAUACAGGAUCUCCCUCCCCCCCCCCCCAUUAGUGAUCCCCUGCCUUCAGGUUCCCACCCAGAACUACGUCUGAACCUGAACCAGGGUUCGAGUGUGGUUCAGGGUGACUUCUCCCCGGGACUGAGCAUGCGGGCCUUGAACCCGUGGCCCCAUGAGUUCCUCUCAGGAGCAGGUUUUCUUGCCUCUGCACACCUCUUACUGGACUCCCAACGCAGGGGACUGGAAUCACCCACUACUGAAUCUACCACAUGUAUUGCUGCUACUUCAAGCUCUUACACUUGAAACAUUGUGAUUUUCCUGAGAGGGAGAUGGGAUCGCAUCUAAAUAUUUAGACUCUUUUGGCCCUUCCUAGGAAAAAUCUUCUAGCUGUUGAACUACAGGAAACUGAGCUUCUUAAAGGUUG